AAGAAAAUUUUUUCAUCCAAGAAGCUUCUUCAGCUCUGACAGGAUGGUGGGGAAUGGAAGGAUUUAUAUUCCUUGCAAGACAAAGAUGUUUGCAUCCCUUUAGAGGGUCCUUGAAGCACUUGGAGGUUUAUCUGUGUCCUCAGGGUCACUUGAGUAGGGCUAAUGAUUCCUGUAGUCUGCAAUUUUUCUUCAUGCUCCCACACCAUUCUUCUUAGAAUAGAAUAGAAUAGAUUGUUUUUUAUUGGCCAAGUGUGAUUGGACACACAAGGAAUUUGUCUUGGUGCAUACGCUCUCAGUGUACAUAAAACAAAAGAUACCUUCAUCAAGAAUCAUAAGGUUAAUGAUAGUCAUAGGGAACAAAUAAGCAAUCAGGAAACAAUAUCAAUAUAAAUCGUAAGGAUACAAGCAACAAAGUUAGUCCUACUGUCAUUAGUGAAAGGAAAUGGGUGAUGGAAAUGAUGAAUAGAUUAAUAGUAGUGUAGAUUUAGUAAAUAGUUUGACAGUGUUGGGGGAAUUAUUCGUUUAGCAGAGUGAUGGCAUUCGGGAAGAAACUGUCCUUGUGUCUAGUUGUUCUGGUGUGCAGUGCUCUAAAGCGUCAUUUUGAGGGUAGGAGUUGAAACAGUUUAUGUCCAGGAUGGGAGGGGUCUGUAAAUAUUUUCACAGCCCUCUUUUUGACUCGUGCAGUAUACAGGUCCUCAAUGGAAGACAGGUUCCCAAAGACAUCAUUGAGAGUGUACUUUCAUUGAAGUGCCCAGGAGUGCCUCCCAUUCACAACUGUCAAAAUGUCCCCGCUGGACUGAUUGUGCAAUUGAAUAGACCAACAGUCUUUGAGCAGAUUCUGACAGCUCUUCCUGUAUACACAAAGCCUCCUUUGACAUCCCAGGGACACUGCAUCAUCCUCAACUGUGUGCCCCUGCAUGGGCGGAAAGACCUGAAGUCACUUAGUCUGGGUCAUCUGAGGGCCAUCCUCAUCACUGACCACUUGGCGGGCCUGCUCCAUGCUCAAGGAAUAAACGUGCAGCUGGUUCCAGCUUUUGUCGAUGACGAAAUCCAUCAGUUCUUGCAUCAGAUACAAAUUGAUUGGCCUUCUGGGUCAGAAGCCUCUCGAGUUCCUGAGGACAUUGUGGCCUUGAAGGAAACCCUUUGCCAGUGUCAAUAUACUACAUUUACACAGGCAAACCAGGGUGAAAUUGUAUGUAAACUGCACUUGAAAGAGUUCCUGGAGAAGCAGGAGGGACUGGAAGGCUAUGACCCCAACUUGGAUAUCUUUCUUGUAACAGAAGAGAAGUUGCAGCAUGUGGCUGAGCUCCAGCAUGUGGCCCAGCAAUGCACAGAGGCUAUGCCAGGAGUUUGCUGUAAUAUUGUGCAUAUUGUGAACAAUGAGGAGGCAUUCCAGCAGCAGAAGGUGGAUCUACUGUGGAGAUUAGUAGCACAGCCACAAUCUUUCACAACUCAGCAGAAACACCUUGUUUGUGGGCCGGUGAAAAUUACCUGCACUGAUUCUUGCAUGAAUGCUUUUCAGUACUACCAGCUACGACACUCCCAGAUGUAUAAAGCUUCAGUGCUGAAAUAUGGAGAUCUCUCUAAAGAUGCCUCAUGGACCAAAGUAAUCGGUGUACUGACAUCAGCUGCUAUCCGAUUUGAGAUGCUGAGUAUAGUUCAUCAGAAUCAGGUUUUCUUGGAUGUAGAAGAAAGCAAUAUCUCUAUGAAGGGGACCAAAGGUGGAGCGUUUGUGAUGUAUAAUUGUGCUCGACUUGCCACCCUCUUUGAAACAUACCAGAGAUCAGUAGAACAAGGUCUGUAUCCAGUCUUUCCCCAGUCUUCUGAACUGAACUACUCCUCUCUCAGGGAAGAGGGGGAAUGGCUCUUGUUGUUUAAUAGCAUCCUGCCUUUCCAGGAGGUCUUGACCCUCGUAACGCAGCUCCUGCUCCCCAGUGGUGGGCUAAGAAUAACAGUUAGCACGGAGGCGAUUUGUAAGUUCCUGAUUCAGCUAAGUAUGGAUUUCAGUUCCUACUACAACCGAGUGCACAUUCUGGGGGAACCGCGUCCCCAUUUGUUCAGCCAGAUGUUUGCCCGGCUGCAGCUGAUGAGAGCAGUGAGGGAAGUGUUCCACAGUGCCCUGGCCACCUUCCACCUACCUCCUCUAAGUCAGAUCUGAUCGGAUUGGUCUCAUACCUGGGCUCGGGAACCGCCUCCGCCUCCCUUUGGUGAAGAGGAAAUGGGACAACUCAUUCCAAUGGGACAAUGGAAAUGGGACAAUGGAGCAUGGGAUGUUACACUGUAUUGACUAAUGGACAGCUACUCAGUACAUCCUUGCAGGACACGUGUUUUGUUAAUGCCCUGAAUUGAUAAAAACAGGACACGUCAAUUUCUUCUGAAAUGAUUCCGAAAUUCUUGGAGAUAAUGAAUUCCAGUCAUAGAACAGAGAAAGAGACACAUACCCUGUAUUAUAAUUGCCUUGUUUCUGAAGUUCGUUUUAGAUCACACUGGUUUUAAACAGUGUUAAGCCAAUUGAAUAGAAAGCUGGUGGAUGCAAAUGACUGUUUGCUUACAUGUUUUUAGAAUUCUGUUCUAAAAUUGGAAACAUUAAUUUUCAUACAAUUAAAAAAAAAAAGUUGAUACCAGUAGCAGGGCAAGUGUGUGUGUAAAUAAAAUAAUGCAGACCCAUGGAGAUCUGUGACUGCAAUUCCUCAAGGGUUCUCUGUACAAGCUCGUCUGUGCUGUGGUACUAAUUUUAUCUAAACAUCAGAAGGUGGACAAAGGCUCAGUUAUAGUAGCAGUGCUCUAUGGCUUAUGAAAAGACAAGAGAAAGGAGGUUGGUCUGAAUCAGCCGUCUGUUCAGCAUCCGCUCUCAUGAAGCAUAACAUUAUAUGGAGAACAAAGUAAUGUAAUAAAAUGUGUGCCAUCCCCCUUUAUUUGUACGCUCAUGUGCCCAUCACAUGGCCCAUCGGGUAGUAUUGAUGUAGUGGAUAUUGCAGUUCUUUGUGUAGGGUGGCGAGUUCAAUCAGCAUCUUCUUUGGGAAAAUGUGGUCAAUGAUAGACAUUAAUCAUUGCCACUGUUUCAUCAGACCAAUGAGUGAUUUGCAUUGUAGCCAAUCUUGAUGGUCACAAUAUGGUGGCAACUUAAAUGGCAAGGUGAAAUUGAGCCUCACCUUAUUCCCCACCAUGUGCUCUGAAAGUGCCUGGCUGUACCUCUGCAGAUCCUCCAUAUCUGCUUAGUAAUUGGACCCUUCUCUUCAAAUGUUGGAAGAAACUGCAGGAAUCUCGAGCCAGUGUUAUCGAGAAAGGGAUGCCGUGCAAGAUAGAAUUUAACCUUUUGAAGAUCUAUCCAUAGUCCCAUGAUUUCUGAUAGAGCAGAAGCAAAUAGUUGACAAGUGGGAAACUGCUCUCCACAGAUUAUGAAUUAGCAAUCCAGUAGUACUAGAUAAAUCCUAGCGAACAAUCAGACUUUGAGGAUUCAUGGAGUCCUAAAUUUUGAGCUUAUCCAAAUUAUUUUUCACUUCUUGAAAUGUAUUUGACUAUUAGUAGCUCGGGUUGGUAGUUAGGUUGUUGUUCUGAGCUCCGAGCCUGGCAAUUUGGUUGCAAACAUUUCAUCACCAUCCAAGGAG